GCUAGCAAAAAACUCGAGCGUCCCAUCUACUAUUAACAGAGAUGAAGCUUUUUUGUCUCUUCCCUUCUCAUAAAUAAUCUGAUAAUACAUUAACAGUCUAUUCUGGGCCUCGGCGUUUCUCUCUGCAUUUGUUAUAUAUAUAUAGUAGUAUAUAAUAGAGACAUAGGUUUAGGUUUAGGGUUAGGGUUAGGGUUUGGUUUGUUUGAGCUCGAAUCUUUUACACUCAGCAAUGGAAGUGAUUACAGAGGGAAUAAACAACAUAAACAUCACCGAUCAGCACACAAAGAAUCGUAUCCAGGUCUCCAACACCAAGAAGCCCUUGUUUUUCUAUGUCAAUCUUGCCAAGAGGUAUAUGCAGCAGCACAACGAGGUGGAGCUUUCUGCACUAGGCAUGGCUAUUGCCACGGUUGUCACCAUUGCAGAAAUUUUGAAAAAUAAUGGAUUUGCUGUUGAGAGGAAGAUCAUGACUUCUACUGUCGAUGUGAAGGAUGAUUCGAGAGGACGGCCCAUCCAAAAAGCCAAGAUUGAGAUAUUGCUUGGAAAGACUGAAAACUUUGAUGAGCUGAUGGCAGCUGCUGCUGAGGAGAGGGAGAGGGAGAGGGAGAGGGGCCUUGGAGAUGGUGAAGAGCAGAGUUAAAAGAGGGCUUUUAUAACUACUAGUAGUAGUUUGUUGGUCUUACCUCCUAGUACUAGUGGAACACUAAAAUCAGUUAAUUUCUUUAAUUGUAGACAUUUACGGUGCUGUGGACCAGAAUGAGUUUUGUAGCUGUGAAGAUACUUGUUAGUUAUUCAAUAUUCAAUUUUGUUAUUUGAUUUUUAA